GUUCGUUGCUUACUUGCUUUUCUGCCAAGCAACGUGGUGAGAGGAAGGAACUGAGCUACGCUCCCAUUCAUUUCGAAACUACAGCCAAGAAACACAAAAUACAACAAAAUGCCUUGUCGAAAGGAGAACUACAUCCUCUUGGAGCAGUCUGUUACCGUCGAUUCAAAAGAAGUGGACGCUUUGGUCACGAAAAUCGGUGAGGCGCUGCAGCUUCACAACAAUAGUGCUAAUCAAAAGACGAUGUCAUGUCUCCACGGUCUCACCAGCAACUGCAGCAGUAGCAACAUCAAACAAGCUAACAACAACAACAAUGGUGUGGCCCUGCAAAAACGUACCGGGUGCUGCAUACGGCUUCGAAACCGGAGGCAACGUAAUAACAGAACUAGUCCGUACAGCUUCCCUGGCUCAGGUAACCAGGAGUGGGACCAUUUCAAACGUUGGGACCGAAAGGGGAUCAACGCAGCUGUCGAGGACGACCCACAUCAGUUACUUCAGGAAUUAAUAUUGUCUGGGAAUCUAAUCAAAGAAGCGGUCAGGCGGCUGCAGUUCUCUACGACGGAGUGUGGAGAUCUUUCGGACAAGCUGCAGUGCUGAUGAUGCGGACAAUGUAUUCAUUAAUGAUAUGUUACCGACAACGUAAACUAUUUUGCUGACAUAGCUAGCUAUAACGUUAGUCUACAUGUUGAACGAUUAAAUGUCAUGGUGGUAACGUCGUUAGCAUGUCUACUUUGUGACCGUUAAUUUCGGUUUUUCAUUUACCCAAUGCGUUAGCUAGCUAGUUAACGUUAACCAUGUUUGUUUGCAACUCCAACUUGAUGGUUAGUUAGAUUUGUUUAUGGGUGGGCACUCUCCUUUAAACACUUCGUUGGCUUAGUUAGUAGCUAGUUAUGUAAACCAAGUGAAAGCUUUACGUUGACAUUGUUUACAAAUCGAAUCUCAGGCCGCCAGCAUUGCCUGUUUUGGUCCGUUAGUUUGAAUCGGGUCGAUUCAAAUCAAAGGUUUUACGUUACUAGUUAGCAAGCUAGGCUAGCGCCACACUCAUGCCUGGGUGGAUUCAUACCCCCCGGCAAGGCAGCACUGUGACUGCUUCGAUACCAGCUUUGUAUUUCCUUUACACAGAAGGAACGGGAUCGCCAACCAGCUACCAAACCGUGUAAGAGACGGAGACGGGCGACAUUUCAAAUGGUUCUGACUAAAUGUCUCUUCGACUGGCUGGGGGCGGUGUAUUUUUUUUUCCCAUUUUUUUUCUUCAUAAUGGGAUGCGGAUGUUUCAUUUUCCCAUUGUCUGUGUCAAGUGAUUUGUCAUGACCACUUCGCAACGAAGUAUUUUAUAAUGUUCCUGAGUAUUCAGGCCUUUGUCUUAAAUAAACACGGUGUUUUUUUUUCUUCAA